AUGCGAAAUCCGUUACAUACGUCAUCUGACCUGCCUGCAACUGUUGUCCCCUUCGGGGUGACAUACGAUAAAAUUGGAACGAUACAGAGAAGAUUAGCAUGGCCCCUGCACAAGGAUGACACGCUUUCCCGGAGUGGUAGACCUACGGGUCUCAAUAUUUAUUGCUUUUCUUUCGUCUGA